UUUCAUCAUUAUCUUCUUCUUCUUCUUCCCUUUCCUCCUUUGAAGGUUGUCAAUCUACUCAAGAAUGUUAUAACCUUUUAUUGAAAAAAGCACAACAAGCUCAUGAUCUCACCAUACCACUUCAACAACGACAACAAACGAAUGAUAGUGCUCCCACUUCCUCUCCUCUCGACCAAGACAAUAAACAACAUAUCAAUGAAGAAUAUAUUCGACUGACACAGCCUACACGGAUCAAAGCGGCAUUUGUAGUAUUGGUGCGGAAUAGUGAACUUUUUGCCAUGCGUUCAUCUAUGCAAUACUUGGAAGACAGAUUCAACCACAAGUAUAAUUAUCCUUGGAUAUUCCUGAAUGAAGAGCCUUUCACUGAUGAAUUCAUUCAAAUGACCCGUGCUAUGACCAAGGCCGAUUGUCACUAUGGACUUGUACCCAAGGAACACUGGAGUUAUCCAUCUUGGAUCAACCAGACUCGUGCACAAGAAUGUAGAUUGAAUAUGGCAGCCAAGGAUAUUGUUUAUGGAGGAAGUGAAAGUUAUAGACAUAUGUGUCGAUAUCAAUCUGGAUUCUUCUUUUUGCAUCCAUUAUUGGAUGGUUUGGAUUAUUAUUGGCGUGUAGAACCUGGUGUCAAGUUUUCUUGUGAUAUUGAUUAUGAUCCAUUCAAAUUGAUGAAGGAACGUGAUCUGAAAUAUGGAUUCACUUUGGCUUUGGAAGAAUUACGAGAAACAAUCCCAACUCUUUGGCAAACAACAGUUGAAUUUGCCAAAAGUCAUCCAGAAUUCAUAUACCCAAGAACAAGACCUGAUAGUUUAUUCCGAUUCGUCACUCAAGACAAUGGAAUCUCUUAUAAUCUAUGCCACUUUUGGAGCAACUUUGAGAUCGGCUCUUUGGAAUUUGUUCGAUCAAAAGGAUAUAUGGCUUAUUUUGAUUAUCUCGAUAAAAAAGGUGGAUUCUUUUAUGAAAGAUGGGGUGAUGCACCAGUACAUUCCAUUGCUGCAUCCUUGAUGCUUAGUCGAAAUGAUAUUCAUUGGUUUUAUGAUAUUGGUUACAAACAUGAUGGAUUUGAACAUUGUCCUACUGAACCUCAUUGGUUGACUUAUGGAAAAUGCUAUUGUGAUCCUGGUUCCUCUUUCGAUCAUAACGCAGGAAGUUGUACUAAUCGAUUUUUGGAGGUCACCAAGAAAACGGUUCAUGAUUUUAUUGUUACUCAACCUGAUAGUUUUUGAAUAAUACUGCGGUAUUCUUUUUUUUUCUUUGUGGCGCCCCAAUCCUAUAUUUAUUUUGUUUUUCAAUAAAG